UCCAUGUGUAAGAGAGGUGCAUUGAGAGAAGCCAGAGGAGGAAGGAAGGAAGAGAAAAAGAGAGGGAGCUUUUUUGGGGGGCUCCUUUCACCCCACCUUGGAAAGGAAAGAGAGGGAAGGAAAGGGGCAGAAAAGAGACCCCCAAAUCCCUUGGGUGCCUUUGCAUCAACUGAGUGGCUUUGCUGGACUUUCCAAGGGGACCCCGGGAAUCGGUGCAGUCGUCGGGCCGUCUCUUCUUUUUUCGCAAGAGAAGUUGACUCUCAGAGUUGGCCAGCAAGCCUUCGUGCCGGGAAGACGAAGCGAGGAGGAGGAGGAGGGGAAACUACGAAACAGGGCCAAAGCCUCCUCGCUUGACUGUUUCCUUACUGUUGGAUUAUAUCUCUUGAGAAGACUGUGAAAACCUUUCUUCAGAACCCAUGAACAUCUGGGACAGGGCGCCACAAUGACAGAGGAAGCUUGCCGGACGCGGAGUCAGAAGCGAGCCCUCGAACGGGAGAUCACCCAAAACGACGUGGAUUGUAAAAAGAUGAAGAUGGACAAGGGGUUGUUGGGGGGUCCGGAGGCCAACACUGAAGGCGGUGGGGACCUUAAAAUAAAGACAGACCCCAUCUCUGGAAGGGUCCCGGGAUUAUUAAAAGGAGGGGAGAUGAAAGCCACCAUCAAAGUCGAGGUGCCGACGACGGGGGACGAGCCGGUAGACAUGAGCACAUCGAAAAAUGCCCCCAGUGAUGCCAAGCGAGAGAGAAGAGCCCCCUCGCCCGACGUCAUCGUGCUUUCGGACAACGAGCCGUCGAGCCCGAGAAUGAACGGAUUGACGAAAAUUGCAUUGAAAGAGACCAGCACGGAGGUGCUCAUGAAGAGCAGCCCGGAAGAACGGGAGCGUAUGAUCAAACAGCUGAAGGAAGAGCUGCGGUUAGAGGAAGCCAAACUUGUGCUGUUAAAAAAGCUACGGCAAAGUCAGAUACAGAAAGAGACGACGUCUCAAAAGCCACUUGGAGCUUCUGGAAACGCAGUGGCAACUCCGCCGCCAUUGGUGCGAGGAACACAGAGUCUCACGUCUGGAAAAUCAGCCCUUCUACAGAAUUCUUCACGUAUUCCUGGAACGAUAAUUCCUCCCCCAUUGAUCCGUGGCGGGCAGCAAGCAUCCUCGAAGCUAGGCUCUCAGCAAAGUACCCAAAUAGUCAUGCCGCCUCUAGUCAGAGGAGCGCAGCCCAUUUCUGUGUCUCCCCAGCAAAUCCACAACAUCCGCCAUCACUCCAGCUCGGGGCCGCCUCCGUUGCUCUUGGCCCCACGGGCCUCGGUCCCCAGCGUCCAAAUCCAGGGCCAGCGGAUCAUCCAGCAGGGUCUCAUCCGUGUCACCAAUGUCCCCAACACAAGCCUGCUGGUCAACAUCCCCCAGGCAUCCUCAACUUCGCUCAAAGGUACUGCUGUGACGUCAGCCCAGGUGAACACAGUGUCCAGCCUCGCCUCAAGUGUCACUUCCAUCAUCAACUCCAACGACUCCCCGGCCAGCCGCCAAGCGGCCGCCAAGCUAGCACUGCGGAAGCAGCUAGAAAAGACGCUGCUGGAAAUCCCGCCUCCCAAGCCGCCGGCUCCCGAAAUGAAUUUCCUGCCCAGCGCGGCGAAUAAUGAGUUCAUCUACCUGGUUGGGUUGGAGGAGGUGGUCCAGAACCUGCUAGAAGCUCAAGGCAAAGUCUCGGUGGCUCCCUCCUCGCAGGACCCCUACACAUGCGUCCAGUGCAAGACGGACUUCACCUGCCGCUGGAGGGAGGAAAAGAGCGGCACCAUCAUGUGCGAGACCUGCAUGUCCUCCAACCAGAAGAAGGCGCUCAAGGCCGAGCACACGAGCCGGCUCAAGGCCGCCUUCGUCAAAGCCCUACAACAGGAACAAGAGAUCGAGCAGCGGAUACUCCAGCAAGCGGCUUCCCCUGUGCAGAGCAAGCCGGAGCCAAUUGUGCCGCAGCAUCACUCACUGAAGCAGGCCUCCAGCCAGCUGCCCCGAAGUGCUGGCACCCCCCGCGGAGUCUUGCAUGCAUUUAGCCAGUCGCCCAAGUUGCAGAACGCCUCCGGUGUGGCCGUACUUGGUGGCAGGCAAGGUAAGCGUGCUCAGAGACCCGUCGGCAAAGGAGGCGCAUGCUCUUGGAAGAAGACUCUCGGCAACGCAGGUGGCGCACUGAACUUUGUUAAUCCAAGCCUCACGGUGCACAAAACGACCUCGUCCGCCGUGGACCGCCAGCGCGAGUAUCUUCUGGAUAUGAUCCCCCCGCGAUCGAUCCCGCAGUCGGCCACGUGGAAAUAAUACGGGAACAUCCGCCUUGAGUGGAAGACGUCUCCCUUUUUUUCCCCCUCCAUGUUUAAUUAGUUCAUCUUCUUUUUGUUUGGAUUUUUGGUUUUCCCUCUCUGGCCUCGCCCCACGACUCCCCGAAAAUAUCUCCACGCGGCGUGGAAACCCUGCUUUUCGAGCCUAGCUGGAUCUACCCGUAGGAGAUACAGAAAAGCUUUGCUUUCACGCCCGGAUUGGGAAAACGCUUCCCCGGCGAGGCGGAACGGACACUCGGAAGAGUGGUAAUGAACGUUAGGCUACCAAAUUCUCGUGACUUCUCUCUCUCCCUUUUUAUUUUUGGUGGAUUUUUUCCCUUUGUUUUUGGCGACGGACACGGCCGCCUCGGAGAGCAGAAUCUCGGAUUUAUUAUUAUAAUUAUUAUUAUUAUUUCUUUGUGUAUUUUGGUGUCUUUAGUUGCGGGGGGUUUUAACGUUUUACGAUCAGCACUAGUACAGAACAAAGAACCGGGCGGAAGCCGCGCCCGCUCCGUUGUUUUUGGUUUGCCCCUUUUUCCCCGUCCUGCCUUACAAUUUUCCUUUUUUUAAAAGCUCCUUUUUAGAUUUAAUUUCUUCCCUCUUUCUUUUGGCGGUGGUUGGACAGCAAUCCGGGACUUCUAGUUGUUGUUUUUUCUUGCUCAAGGAAACCAGGACUCGAAGGAGCAAUCGGCGAGGAGAGACUGAUCCAUUUUCGUUCUUUCUUUCUUUCCUUUUUUUCUUAUUUCGUUCCUCCCUUCCGCCAUUUCCAAGGAAGGCACUAUUUACAAAGGAUGCUGGUUUUUUUUUUGGGGGGGGGGAUCUGACUUCCGUUGUUUGCUUUAUUAGAAAGAAAAAAUCCGAUAAUAACUUAUAUUACGAACAAACGCAAAGGGAUCCUCCGCCGCCGGAAAGAGACAGAACGAUUGAACGGGAGGCUUAAUUCCCUCUUUCAUUUGUUCCCCCCUUUCUUUCAUUUUUUGAAGUUUCGAACGGCUGUUUUGCCCUGGACACUGAAAAGUCAGAAGCCCUAAAAGAAAAAUUAAGGACUGGACCGUCGAUCCAAAACCUGCCGGAAAUCUCUGGAGAAAACGGGCGUUCGGAAGUUUUAUUUUUGUUGGUUACGUCCCAAGCUCCCAAAGAGGGUUUGAAAUGGGGUUCGAGGGAACGAGAGAGGAGGAGGUUGUGGGUUUUUUUAUAUUAAAAAAGGCCUCCGUUUCUUCUUCUCCCCCCGUUUUGCUUUGCUUCUGUUGUCGGGGGAGAGAGGUUUCCUUUUUUACUCAGCUGUCUAGGAACAGUGUGCAAUGCAGAAGAGAGACAUGGAGCAGAAGGGACCAGAGGAGUGAAGGAAGUUUGUGUUCUUUGAAAACAAAAACAAAAUAAAAAUUAAUAAAAUGACA